CUCCUCCGGUGAGAGUUUGACCGUGGCCAUAUGUCUCGUUACUGUACACGGUGAAAGGCCGCUGCAGCCUUCUGUAGCGAGGGCAAGGGUGGAAUAAUGUUGAGCAAACCUCCCGGGGAACUUGUUUUAAAGAUGGGACUCUCCCUCGCUGCGUUGGGACACCUCGGGCUGCCCCGCUGUGUUGUCAGGAGCAGGAACACAACGUGCUAGAUUUCUCUGCUUCAUUCAGCGCAACCGAGUUUGGGUUUGGAAACAUCUCGUUUUGCGUCAUUUCUCUGCUGUAUUGCGACUGCUCGAACCCGAGGGAAGUCCGCGGUUCGCCUCCUUGUCAUGCCGGAGCACAUGAGUGCGGGAGAGGAGUGAAAAGUUCUCCCCAGGAGCACCAAGAGCACCUGACCGACACCCUCCUCCCUCUGUGCGCUCCUCACCGCCGGCAUGACCCUCGGCGCGGUGUCCGGCUCCGGCAGCUCGGCGGCGGUCAGCUUCUGCUCCUGCUGCGGGGCUAAGAUGGUGCCGCACUUCAGCGACGACGCGGUGGUGUCAACAAAUCAGAUCAACCAGCUUAUCAGUGAGAGCUUCCUCACAGUAAAAGGUGCAGCCCUGUUCCUUCCCAGGGGUAACAGCCCAACGCCGAACUCUGCACCUCCUAUCAGCCAGCGCAGGAACAAGCACACAGGUGAUCUCCAGAAACACCUUCAGACUAUGUUCACCGUUCUGCGGCCAGAGGACACCAUCCGACUGGCUGUGCGUCUCGAGAGCGCCUACCCUCAGGUAACCCGCUACAUGGUGGUCGUCUCCACCAACGGCAGACAGGACACAGAGGAGAGCAUCGUUCUCGGCAUGGACUUUGUCUCUUCUGAUAGCUGCUGUACGGUGGGUCUGAUUCUACCUCUGUGGAGUGACACUCUGAUCCACUUGGAUGGAGAUGGUGGCUUUAGUGUCUCGACAGUGAACAGGGUUCAUGUCUUCAAGCCUGUUUCUGUCCAGGCCAUGUGGUCAGCCCUCCAGUCCCUCCACAAAGCGUGCGACGUGGCUCGCUGCCACAACUACUACCCCGGCAGCCUGUUCCUCACAUGGAUCAGCUACUACCAGAGCAGGAUCUCCUCUAACCAGAUCUGUGUCAACGAGUGGAACGCCAUGCAGGACGUAGAGUCGCACCGUGCAAACUCACCUGUCCCCUUCACAGACCUGCCCACAGAGAGGGAGCGCACAGAGAGGCUCAUCAAGAUGCGCCUCCGAGAGAUCAUGAUGCAAAAAGAUCUGGAGAAUGUCACCUGCAAGGAGAUCCGAACAGAGCUGGAGAUGCAGAUGGUGUGUAACCUGAGGGAGUUCAAAGAGUUCAUAGACAACGAGAUGAUAGUCAUCCUGGGACAGAUGGAUAGUCCCACUGAGAUCUUUGAACACGUCUAUCUGGGCUCCGAGUGGAACGCAUCCAACCUGGAGGAGCUGCAGAACAGUGGAGUGCGAUACAUCCUGAAUGUGACGAGGGAAAUAGACAACUUUUUCCCGGGAAUGUUUGAGUACCACAACAUCAGAGUGUACGAUGAGGAGGCCACGAACCUGCUGGAGUACUGGAACGAAACCUACAAGUUCAUCACUAAAGCAAAGAAAGCCGGUGCUAAGUGUUUGGUUCACUGUAAGAUGGGCGUGAGUCGCUCGGCCUCCACAGUGAUCGCCUACGCCAUGAAGGAGUACGGCUGGGACCUGGACACCGCCUUCGACUAUGUGAAGGAGAGACGGGCUGUCACCAAACCAAACCCUUCCUUCAUGAAACAGCUGGAGGAGUAUCAGGGAAUUCUGCUGGCCAGCAAACAAAGGCACAAUAAGCUAUGGCGCUCCCACUCUGAAAGUGACCUAUCAGAUCGCUCAGAGUCUAUGUGUAAAGCGUCCUCGCACUCUCUGGGCCGCUCAGACUCUCACAACAACAACACCUCCUCCCCCUCCUUACAUCACUUCCUGGGCGUGGCUGUGCUGCAAGCGCUCGGUGCUGAAGACUCUGCCAAAUUGAACUCCACACCGUCUGAGUCAGAGACACACACCAACGGUCUGUGUGACUCACCGGUUCAGGAGGAGGUCAGAUCGGAUUGUGAAGAUCCCUUCCUGCAUCCCCUCCCGAGUCCCCGAGCAGCCACUGUAGUCCCUGAGGAAAGACUGGACAAUUCAGCGAGCGUGGCUGUCACUGUGCCUGUUGCUCUACCCCACCCGCCACCGUCGCUCCACAUCCUACCUCCUACGCCUGAACUCCAGCGCGUUCGCCGGAGUCCUCCUACACAUCUGUCCAUUUCAGUGCCCAAACACAAACCGACAGAAUUAUCCCUCACUUUGCACGAGCGAAGCAGCUCGGAGGAAGUCUCCCCUCUCACUCUGGGAUCCACUGACUCCGACAUUAUAGAUCAGUCAUUAUCUGAUUUAAGUGACAAACACAGCCCUCUCAGCCCUGCAAACGCUGCCCCUCUCCUGCUGACUCUGCCCCUCGCUCCCAACGAUGACAACAACAACCCCAGUGAGUUACAGGUGGGUAGUGAUUGCAACAGCCGCUGCGAUGCCGAUGGCUCAUCAAACCACAGCACGGACAGCAUCGACUUCUUCAGCGCCAGAGAAAAGUUUCUGGGCUUGGCCCAAGACAGCAAAACUUGGACACUUUCAGAGCAGACACAACAGAGGACUCCAUCGCCAUAUGAAGAAAACGGAGAAACGGACUAUAAGGAGGAAGAGGAGCAGGGGAAUGGGAGUCAGGUAUCUCAGCUGUCUGAAGACAGUGAUGACAAAGCCAGCCCUCAUCACCCUCACCAUGACAACGGAGUAUCAGUUCGCCAUAUUGUCACUGAGAUUGAAGCCAUAUGCCACCCAGAGUCGUUCUUUCCUCCGUCUCCAUCCUCCAGCUCCUCUUCGCCCCUCGCUCCGUCCUCCCACAGCCCUCGGCUCAUUCCCCCGGAACCUCAGGAGGAGGCAGUGUCCUGUGAAUUCGACCACGCCUCAUCAUCGCCACCCUCCCGCCCGCAGUCUCCCUCCAUGUUGCAGUGCGACUGGCCAGCAGGCUCGGUGCGGCGGGCUACCGAGCAGCUGGAGCAGAAGCUGAGACAGGAAAUGGAGAUCAUAGCGGUAUCUCAGCGAUCCCCACUGCAUUCGCCCAGUGCCGAACAGCCCCCUGUCAGACUGUCCCUGUGCUCCCCGAGCACUGAACACCCUCCUCCCCUUCACUCCACAGAACAAAGUGACACUCAGGGAGAGAUCAUGGCUGAAUCUGCUAAGUCCAAAGACUCAGAGAAACAAACAGGGUCACAACACGAGCUUCAAAGACUCGACCCCUCAGGCAUACACAAACUCCCGGAGCCUCCCUGCUCCCCUCACUCAGAUAACAGCCACGUCUCUGGUGCUAUACCUGUCACUGUGCACACAUCCGUAGAUAGCCAUAUGCUGACAUCAUCACUGGCCUCUACUAGUCCAUUAGUAGAACCAUCUCUAAAUACCUCAUGUCCUUCCCAAGGACAGAGCCAGCUCCACAGCCAAAGCCAGCAGGGUCAGACCCUGCCCCAGGCCUGUUCACACAAAAUGACUCUGGAUGGGGCAACAGUGCAGGAGUCAGACACUGAUGAAAGGCUGGAGACUAAUUCCCAGGGCAGCCAAGGGGGAUGUGGCCCCGGCUGUGACGCCCAGAGCAGGCUGGCUCAUGGCAGUCAGGAGCUAGAGAGGAUUCAGCAGACGCUGAGUGAGCUGCAGGCCUUCCUCCAUGAGGGCGUCGGCCUUGAGGCGACGGACAGUGAAGCACAGGAGGUGGGGCAGCCUCAGGCGCAGAGAGACACUAUGGACACAGAGCCCGGACAUUGUAAAGAGCCGAGUUCUGAACACACCUCUCCAGAACUGGAAGGACAGCGUCUCCGAAAUGGGCGAGAAGGCAAGAGCUUCCUGGAGUUGACGGGGUGGCACAGAGCCAUGGAGCUGGAGGCUCGCAUCCGCCAGGCAGGCCUCACCCCUCCUUCUCUCAUGAAGAGGUCGGCCUCAUUGGCCAAACUGGACUGUCUGGAGCUGUCAGCCAACGACCUCAGCGACUUGGACCUGAGGUCGCACAUCAGAACGACAUCGUCCCACUCUCAGGACUCUCUCUCCACGUCCCCAUCCCACCUCGACGAUACCUGGAAGAAGCAGAAGGUGUUGGCUCGAAACAUUUGUGCCGAAAAGACAGGUUGGCUCCACGAUGACUCAUCCUCGCCACAGUCUAUGGCCGAUUCCUCCGAAGAGACGGGUGAGAGGGAGGAAACCGACAGUAUUGGGAGCGGCGCGGUUGCCACAUCACGUCAGCAGAGUCGGGGACACUCAUCGAGGCGUUCUCGCAGAGCAUCUGCUGAGAAAAAGCAGCGAUCCAUCACUGUGCUAUACAAUACUAUGUAACCUCAGUGCAGUGGACUGCAACAGACAUACUGGAGCCCUGCACACGCGUGAGAGGCUGCAAGAUGUGUAUGAAUGCGUAGACUCUGUGUAACCUCCAAUUUAUGUAGUGUGCAAGAACCGAAUGAUGAACAUAAGUGUAUGAUGCAUGUAAACUACUGGAUGUGCUGAUUCAACUGGAGUUCAGGUGUGUGUACAGUAAUGAAAUAUGAAUGUCCAAAUUAAGACUCAUUAAGUGCACACUGAAUGCACUCCACUAUGUCUGUGUCCCCUUUUUUUAAAAUGAGAUGCGUUUGUUUUCAGUGUGUGACCCUUGCAGCCUCCUCAGUUUAUCUGAAGCUACAAUGAGAGGGCCUUUCUUCAAACAUGCACUUUACUGUUCAAUGAACUCCUUUUUAUUUGAAAUCUGUUUCUUACCCCAGGGGCAGGAUUUGUUUGCACUGGUCCCACUAGUGUUUUGUUUUUCAGCAGUGGGCAGAUGCGUCUUUAUUCAGAUUUUUAAUUGAACCAGGACAAAGCUGAUAUUUGUUUUUUUAUUCAACGCUUUAGCAGUUAAUAAAUAUGGUGAGUUUG